AUGGCCACCAUUCCCAAAUUAACUGACAUCUUCAAAUCCCACCCCGUCCACCUCCCCACCAACAAAAAUCUCGACUCUUUCCAAGAACUCCCCGAAACCUAUGAUUGGAUUCAACCUAACUCUUUCCCUUCCUUAACCAACUCCAAUAUUCCCCUCUCCGACUCUGUUCCCUUAAUUGACCUUUCUCUCCCCAAUGUCCCCGAGCUCAUCAACAAUGCCUUACGGACUUGGGGGGUAUUCCAGGUCAUUAACCACGACAUCUCCAUUUCCCUCCUCAACUCCAUGGAAUCCUCCGCCAAUGCCCUCUUUGAUCUUCCCACUUCCCAGAAGCUUAAGGCCGCUCGUACCCCUAAUGGUGCCGCGGGCUACGGCCUCGCCCGUAUCUCCACCUUCUUCCCUAAACGUAUGUGGUCUGAGGGCUUCACCAUCAUUGGUUCCCCUCUUCAACACUUCCAAAAAUUAUGGCCUCAAGACUAUUCCAAAUAUUGUGAUAUAAUGGAAGAAUACAACAGAGAGAUGAAGAAUCUAUGUGGAAGGCUGAUGUGGCUUGCAUUGGGGGAAUUAGGUAUAACUCGAGAAGAUAUGAAUUGGGUAGGAACGAAUGGGGAUUUCAAGACUAGUAAUGCAGCAACCCAAUUGAACUCUUACCCGAUUUGCCCGAACCCGGAUCGGGCGAUGGGGCUUGGACCUCACACCGACACCAGUCUCUUAACCAUUGUGUAUCAAAACAACACAAGUGGGUUACAAGUUUUGAGAGAAGGGAAUCGGUGGGUGACAGUGGAGCCGAUACCUGGUGCACUUGUGGUUCAAGUCGGAGACUUGCUUCAUAUUAUUACAAACGGGUUGUACCCGAGUUCGGUCCAUCAGGCCGUGGUGAAUCGGACUCGAAAACGUAUCUCGGUGGCAUACAUUUUUGGACCGCCGGAAACUGCUGAAAUUUCACCACUUAAAAAACUUGUGAGUUCAACUCAACCACCACUUUACCCCACAGUAACUUGGACUGGUUACCUCCGUAAAAAAGCCGAGCUUUUUAACAACACACUCUCUUCUAUCCGUCUUUGCACUCCUCUCACUGGAUUAUUAGACGUCAAUGAUCAUAGCCAGGUUAAAGUAGGCUAA